CAUCUCUCUCGCCUCCACUGCCGCCUCUCCGUCUCCAGCUUACCACCGCCGCCGCUGGAUGUCUACGCAGUAGAUCCAUAGACCCUGAUCUCCUCGAGGUGAUUCCCCUCGUCGCCAGAGGUAUCCUCGGGCAGCAAUAUCCACUGGCGACGCAGCCGCCACAGCCGCUACGUUCCCUCCUCCACCGCCAUCACCACGGCUAGGUGGAAGCGCUCGGCGAGGUAGCGGCUCGGGGGAAAGACAUGGUGCUGAUCGAGCUGGAGCCCGAGGAGGCGACGCGCCCCUCGUUGCCGGUGGCGGAGGAGCAGGCGGUCGCCGGGGACGCGGCGCGCCCCUCGUCUUCAGCGGCGCCCGAGGAGGAGGAGGCAGCCGCUGGAGGGAAGGCGUCGAGGGCGCCGGAAGAAGAGGAGGAUGCCUUUGAGGACGCGCUCACCGACGAGCAGCUGCGAGAGAAAGCUAGAAUCCAAGCAAAUGAUGCAAAAGCAGAAGGAAACAAGCUUUUUGGUGCUGGACAAUAUGAGGAAGCAUUAUCACAGUAUGAAAUAUCAUUGCAAAUUGCUGCUGAGCUGGAAUCUGCUGAGGAUAUACGUGCUGCAUGCCAUUCUAAUCGUGCUGUAUGCUUCUUGAAAUUGGGAAAACAUGAUGAGACGAUUAAAGAAUGCUCAAAAGCACUUGAGCUCAAUCCAACAUACCUGAAAGCCCUGCUUCGGAGGGCAGAAGCGCAUGAAAAGCUUGAACAUUAUGAUGAAGCUAUUGCCGAUAUGAAAAAGGUUGUUGAAGUGGAUCCUUCAAAUCAACAAGCCACGAGGUCUCUUUUCCGACUUGAGCCCCUGGCAGCUGAGAAGAGGGAAAAGAUGAAGGAAGAAAUGAUUGCAAAGCUGAAAGAUCUGGGGAACUCUGUGCUGGGCCGCUUCGGGAUGAGUGUUGACAAUUUCAAAGCUGUCAAAGACCCAAACACUGGCUCUUACAGCAUUCAAUUCCAAAAGUAACACGACGUGAAGAAAGACAUGGAUGAAUAUGGCUGGGCGGCAUAUUUCAGUUGUAAUUGUUCAAGGAACUUGUGCGUCACAUACCUGGACAAUAUCCAAACAGAUAUCUGCAAAUCGAUCUGAAGGUGGGACAUGGAAGAGGAAUUGGAGUAUUGCGUCGCGUUUGCAUUUGUCGCACGUUAGACUGUUAGAGAUGCUUUCUCGAGUGCGAACUUGCAUGAUCAUUUUGAACUCUGAUAUUUUCCUCAAUGCAUGGUCGUUUUUUCUUUGUUGUAACGAUGCCUUCCAAAGACUGCAUUUCCGUGCGGUUCAAACAUCCCAGUCGAUGGCGACACGUGCCUGUAGUGUCUUGGCCCUGAUCGUUGGGAAAGGGCUAGCCUGACCUGGCGUCUAGUCGUUUUUAGGGCGUUUGGCUGACUCGGAUAUGUCGGCUGGGUUUCGUGGAUAGACUAUUAGUUUAUGGUUCUAGGUGAUAAGUAAUGGUGAUAGAUUAUUAGUCAUUUGGUUACAAUUUUAGUUAUUAUCUUAUGGCUAUAGUCUUAUGUAUUUAGUCAUUCCGUUACAAUUUUAGUUAUUCUGGUACAAUUUUAGUUAUUUCUUUACAGUUUCGGUUACUUUUACCGUUUCGGUUAUUAUAUUACAUUCUUAGUCAUUCAUGGAUUC